UCGACACUCCAGCCCCGCCUCCUCCAUCUCGUCCGUUGCCCAGGCGCCGUCAAUCACCCGCGCGCGCGCGCCAGAGCAUGCGCAGUAUCGGUACUGCUGUUCGCGGAGGGGUCAGACGGAGCCGCCGAGACGUUUCCCUCGGGUGAGAUUUUUUAUCGGCGUUACGGGGAAGCCGAUGGUGGUGGGCGGUUUCAGGAAACGCACCGGGAAGUGCUCAGCGAAAACCACCGCCAGACUGUUGGCUACCGGCGGCAUAUGGGGAUUAGAAGAGGACAGCGUACAUCUGGACAUUCAGAUCAAACGUCAAGUCAAGAUCUGACGCAGUCACUCCAUUCAUCUGCAGCUGAACAUCACUGGUCUCCAAAUGUGGAAGGAGUUCUGCUUGAGGGGAAUGGUUUCAAUCAUCUCUGAUUGGAAUAUUACAGGAAUCCAGCCAACCCAACGUCUCAUCAAAGUCUAACAAUCAUUCAUCAGGACCUAGAUAUUAUCGACCUUUGAGAGUUGAGAGAAGGGGACGUUUUGUUUUUGCACACGGGGAAACUGCAACCAAACAUUGCAGCAGGAUCUGACAAAUUGUCGUGUCCUGAGUAUCGUAGGAUUUGAGCAUGGAAGGAAAGAGUACCGUUCACAGCGAAGAGGAACCGUAUACGUGUUCUGUGUGCGGGCAAGGGUUUAGCCAAUCGUCUGACCUGUCGGAACACAACUGCAAUCAUGAGAAGGACAAAAGCUGGACAUGUGGGGACUGUGGGAAGGGAUUCAAUUACCCAUCUCAGCUGGAAGCUCACCGCCGUUGUCACACAGGAGAGAAACCAUUCACCUGCUCCAAAUGUGAGAAGGGUUUCACUGCCUUAUCUACCCUGGUGAUACACCAGCGUGUUCACACCGGGGAGAAACCUUUUAAAUGCCUCGUCUGUGGGAAGUGCUACAAGCGUUCUGGCGAAUUGAUGGCUCACCAACGUGAUCACACCGAUGAGAGACCUUUUAAAUGUACACACUGCGAGAAAUGUUAUAAAACGUCUGGCGAACUGAUGUCCCACCAACGCGUCCACACUGAUGAGAAACCGUUCAGGUGCUCUCACUGCGGGACUGGGUUCAAGAGAUCGUAUGAGCUCACUGUUCACCAGCGGGUUCACACCGGGGAGAGGCCAUUCAUCUGCUCAAAGUGUGAAAAGAGAUUCACUUGCUCAUCCAACUUGCUGAAACACCAGCGACUUCACACAGGGGAGCGGCCGUUCAUCUGCCCUGACUGUGGGAAGGGGUUCACUCAGUUAUCCAGCCUGCAGGUGCACCAGCGAAUUCAUACUGGAGAGAGGCCAUUCACUUGUUCAGAGUGUGGGAAGGGAUUUAUCCAGUCAUCGAAACUAUUGACACAUCAGCGAUUUCACUCUGGGGAAAGGCCGUUCACCUGCUCUGAGUGUGGGAAAGGAUUCACAACCUCAUCCCACUUGCUGACACACCAGCGAGUUCACAAAGCCUGGCGCAAGCGCACUGGUGGCAAUGAAUGGCGCAUGCGUAUUCCAAGCACCAGCGGGAACCUCUGGCAGGAUCAGGGAGGAGCGCAGGAGACAGCAGACCCCGCCCCCGUGUUUGCAGCCGCCAUCUUUGUGCGGGGCACGGGGCGUUGGAGCGCAUGCUCAGUCGCCAUCUUUAUAGGGGGCAAUCCGGUUGCAGUGCAUCUUGUCCACAGGGCACACUGCAGCGAUUGCGGAUUGAUGAUUUUGAACAUGGAAGCAAAAGGCACCAGUCAAGGUGGGGAGAAACUGUACACGUGUUCUAUGUGUGGACAAGGCUUCAGUCGGUCAUCUGACCUGCUCGGUCAUAAAUGCAGUCGGUACACAGAGAAACCGUGGAAGUGCGGGGACUGUGGGAAGGGAUUCAUUUCCCCGUCAAAGCUGGAGACUCAUCGGCGCAGUCACACCGGCGAGAGGCCGUUCACCUGCUCCGGGUGCGGGAAGGGAUUCACCACGUCGUCCCACCUGCAGAGGCACCAGCGGGUCCACGCUGGGGAGAGGCUGUUCGCCUGUAACAGGUGGGCGAGGGGAUUCACGCCUUCCUCCAGCUCGCUGGCGCAUCAGCCAGUUCCAACUGCGAAGAGGUCUACUCAGUGCCUGGACUGUGGGAAGUGCUACGCAGGUUCUGAGGGACUGGUGGCCCAUCAGCAGGUUCACUCUGAGGGGACACCAUUCCAGUGCUCCCACUGUGGGUCCGGGUUCGAGACAUUGCCUGAGCUCACCGUGCACCAGUGCACUCGCAGUAAGGAGAAGCCGUGGAAAUGUGGCGACUGUGGGAAGGGAUUCAGUUACCCCUCUGAGCUGGAAACCCACCACCGCACACACACCGGGGAGAAACCGUUCACGUGCUCUGACUGCGGGAGGGGAUUCACUCGGUCUUACCAGCUGAUGACCCAUCGGCGGGUUCACACUGGGGAGAGACCGUUCUCCUGCUCCGAGUGCGGGAAGGGAUUCACAAACUCGUCGGACCUGCUGAUACACCAGCGGGUCCACACCGGGGAGAGGGCCUUCACUUGCUCCGUGUGCGGGAAGGGAUUCACCACCUCGUCUACCCUGGUGACCCACCAGCGGGUUCACACCGGGGAGAGGCCCUUCACCUGCCCUUUAUGCGGGAAGGGCUUCACUCGGUCUUCCACCCUGGCGAUGCACCGGCGAGUUCACACUGGGGAGCGGCCGUUCACCUGCUUUGAUUGUGGGAAGGCGUUCACUCAGUUAUCCAGCCUGCUGAGACACCAACGUGAUCACAGUGGAGAGAGGCCGUACACCUGCUCACAGUGUGGGAAGGGAUUCACUCGGUCAUCGACCCUCUUGAAGCAUCAGCAAGUUCAUCAGGAACUACAGUGAUUGUGUUCUGUUGAUUGUCAUAUAAGGACUGAGCCAUGUUCAUUGGGGUCCAGAUUUUGGUACUGGAAAAGUACAGCAGAUCAGGCAGCAUCCGAGGAGCAGGAAAAUCGAUGUUUCGGGCAAAAGCCCUUUGCCAGGAACCAUGUUCAUUGGGAUCUGUUUUGCUCAUUUAAUAGAAUCCAGCACAUUCAGGUAAAUAUUCAGGAUG